AUGUUUGACACAACGCACGAGAUAAAAUAUGCAAAAGCAGAAGACCAGCUGGGAACCGACCCGGCCGUGCCAUUCAUCCCCAACUCAGAGGAUAUGGGCAAGAAGGGUCGAAAAUGGAUACCGACAGGCUGGAAAUUUGGUACCGCCGCGGCAGCAUUUUUGACGUCCAUUAUCUUAAUCAUCAAUAUUGUUGUGGCCAUCAUCUGUCGCGCCAAGAUCAGCUCAAAAACAGGCUCGUCCAGUAUUGGACCAGUGCUCUCAGGAGAUUGCGCCAGCAUUAAUAAACUCGGGAUUGGGAUCCAUCUUGUUAUCAACAUCGUCAGCACGCUCCUCCUUGGCGCCAGCAACUACUGCAUGCAAACUCUGAGCGCUCCUACCCGCGAGGAUAUUGACAAAGCACAUAAGCGAGGCUCAUGGAUGGAUAUCGGCGCACCUAGCUUGCGGAAUAUCCGGUUCGUGAGAAAGCGGAGGCUGUUUGUCUGCCUCUCUCUUGCGCUAACCUCCAUACCUCUACACUUGGUAUACAAUUCUACGUUUUUUGUAUCUUCAAACAAUCAUUUAUAUCGUGUCUGGUUCGCCGAUGAGUCCUUUGCGAAGGGCGCCCCCUUCAAUGGUUCAGUCAUCAGGGACCUAUUCAUACCACCAGACAUUAUGCUGGCUAACACGAAGAGGCUGCAACAGAGGCUGAUGCAAGGAGAGUUUGAAAAGCUAUCAAAUGACGAGUGUAUCAAUGCCUACGCAAAAACCCUUGUCCAAGAUCGGGGAGACGUAGUUCUAAUCAUCGACCGACCGGACAGCUGCACUGCUUUCCCAAAGAUAUCCUACGCACCCUUUGAGGAGUGUGGAAACACAUCAGCCACGAGUCUGUACAGCAUGGUCAACUAUGAGACCGGAAUGACACCAGAGAUCUCCCCGCGCGUCACCAACUGGUUUAGUUGGAUUUGCUCUCAAAGAUACUACUACGUCGAUGAAAAAAACUCUGCCGACCCGCCCCCUGCAGAGUUGUGCAGUGACGGAGCCUGGAAGAAGCAACUGGGAGCAGAUCCCUGGAUUGUUGGAACAAAAGUCCAUUACUGCCUCAGUGAGAAACUGCCAAAUGAAUGCCAGAUGAAUGUGGCAAUCAGUUUGCUAUACGUUGUUAUUGGCUUUAACAUUGUCAAGCUCGUGCUCAUCCUGGCCAUGGUGUCAAGUAGCUGGGUAAAUCACAAACCUCUGGUUACGCUGGGGGACGCUGCGGCAUCAUUCAUCGCAGUCCCUGAUCCCCGGACGAAGGGGAUGUGCUUGUUAUCUAACAAAGAGAUAAUCAACCACAAAGGCGAUCAAGUCAUAUCUGCAACUAUGUAUCAACCAAAAAAGCGAAAAUGGGCUUCCGGAGUCAGUAAAAGGAGGUGGAUAGUCGCAAGCCUUCUAACGUUUAUUGCGCUAGCUGUGAUAUUGACACUGCUAGGUUAUGGGAUCUACAUGCUCAACACUCGAUAUCAACGCGGUGGUUUCAAUUUCUUGUGGUCAUUGGGUCUGGGUAGUAUCACGCCCUACAAUUUGAUCCAAUGGAAGAUCCCCACCAAGGGCGAUAUAGCUGUCAUUGCUACUGUUUUGGUAGUGAAUCUUCCACAGGUGCUACUAUCUAUCCUCUAUAUCGUUCUCAAUGGGCUGUUUACCACCAUGGCCGCCGGCGGGGAGUGGUCCAACUUCGGUCACAAGAAUCAUCAGCCUCUUCGGGUAUCGUUUCCGAAGGGUGCCCAGAGGUCAAGCUUCUUCCUUCAACUUCCAUACCAAUACGGAAUCCCAAUGCUGGUUCUCUCAGUGCUCAUGCACUGGUUGACUUCGCAAAGCAUUUUCCUCUCACAAAUUAAUGAGUGGUACACCUAUCAAUACAAAGACUUCAAGACUCUAGACGCAUCGGAGUGGAAGGUUCCAUAUACCACAGGAGCAUACUCGCCAGUAGCAAUAGCAGCUACCUGUUUGAUUAUUGUCAUCAUAUUCUCGGGAGCUGUGGUGCUGGGAAUGCGCCCGUUGAAACCCGGCAUACCGGUAGCAGGAAGUUGUAGCUUGGCUAUAUCAGCCGCCUGCCAUACUCCCGAGGGAACAUCUGAGCUGCUACCACUUAGAUGGGGUGUGGUAACAACUUCAGAUUCCGGCCAUGGCGGUGUCGGUCAUUGUUCCUUUUCAAAUAAUCGGGUGGAACUGCCACAGGCCGGCAAUCUCUACGCUUGA